GAAUAGGACUCGUUUGAAAAACCAAACACACGUGAUUCAAACAACAUAACGAGCAAUUGAAGAAGGAAGUUUAAUUCCGAACAAAUGUAAAUGGCGGCCUGUAAGAUAUGGUUAGCUUUCACAGGAUUUAUCAAAACGUUAAUAGCAAUGGCAAGUAAGUUAGCUAUCUGCUGCGCCCAGGUACACGUGCCCAACACGUGUGCUUGGUGUGAAAGCAUACAGGACGUUAACUGGUACUGUAAUGACUGCCAGGAGGCUCUGUGUGAACGCUGUUUUGAGGGUCAUCAACGCGCGAGAAAGACACGAAAUGACGUCGUUGUGCAAAUAACAAAAGCAACAAGACAAAAUGGUGCAGUUCUCCCAGAGGUAUGUACGACACAUCCCGGUAAAUCAUGUGAUCUGUACUGUACAGAGUGUCACGUCGUUAUGUGCUCCAUGUGUUUUACCCAGAAACACAAACAGCACACAUUCAAACAUUUGGAAGAGGAAGUUGUUUCACAAAAACUUUACAUGCACGAUCAAUUAAAGAAUCUAAAGUCCAGUCUAGACGGGCACGUCAGUACUCUAACAAAGCGUAAAAGGGAUAGCAAAUCAUUUAAAGAGAGCGCAUAUGUCAUUCUCCAAACUGUACAAACUCGCCUAUCCCACUUAAUGCCUGAUUGCAUAUUAAAGAAUGGAGACUGCAGGUAUGAGCAGAGAAACAUUAACAGUAAACAGGUUCGUCAGAUUGGUGCAUAUCUAAUACAUGUGAGACAAAUCAACUCGAUAUGUCCUAUUGACGACACUCAGGUAUGGACGUCAGCAUCUGGAUCUAAUGAAUUGAUAAAAGUCAACAAGAACGGCAAGGUCACAGAGUCAGUCAAGCUUGACUUUAACCCGUGGUGUCUGACAUUGACCAACACAGAAGAACUACUGAUCACGUGUUGUGGUGGUUCGCCACUGAUACACAAAUUAUCCAAAGACAGACAAAUAACCAGAUUUACUGACAUCAGUCCGUUACAAGCCUAUGGUAUCAGUGUCAGUGACAGUGACGAGGUAUUCGUUACUACUCGCACUAAAACAAUACAGGUACUGAACAUGUCUGGGGAGAGGAUCAGACAAAUUUCGUUCGGCAUGUCGUUACAAGCCCAUGCCUAUGGUAUGCUGAGUAUCGUAUGUUUGACAACAGGAUAUAUAGCUGUUACCAUUGGCAAUUUUGGUCGCUAUUGUAAAGAAAUGGUUGUCAUCAACAUAACUGAUCAGGUCAUACAUAAUUGGAGUGGGAGAUUGGACCAUGGUCGGACGAUAGAGAAGACGAUGCAAUGUGAUAUAGCACGUGAUAGAUAUGACAGAGUGUUUGUACCAGACUUCAUCACUAACCAGGUAUACGUCAUAUCGGGGAAUGAUAGAACGGCCCAGUGUCUCCUAGACGAUAGACAUGGAUUAAUGGGUCCAACGGCUGUGUGUGUAGACAGGUGUGGACAUGUUUGGGUCGGCUGUUUCGAUGGUUCAGUGUAUGUGAUGGAGCUAUAAACAGGUGAGAACAGAUACAAACAGAUUACAUAACAUUAAAGUGGCAGUAGAAAUGUCUCCAAGCCAUACAUUACAACCGCCAACGCCGCAAAUGAACUUUAAUUUUUUUUUUAUAUAAUGACAGUGAUGACAAGUCAAUUAUACAGACUUUUUAUGGUUACCUGAUUUGAUCACACGUUUCCUUUUUUUACCGUUAAUGUAUCACAGGUAGGAAAUAAUUAUAGAGUCCUAAAUUUAUGUUAUAUCAUAAUAAAAUACAAAAUGUGAAGAUAAAUACAGAUCACGGUAAAAUAACAUUUUGAAGACGUCGCAUUAUUAGUAUUAUCCCAUUGUACUAAAUAAUGCAUAAUCCCAUUUUAUUUUUCAAAGCAUUUAAUCACAUAGAAUCUUUGCUUCAUGUCAAUAUGAUCAUUGUCUUAUGAUCAUUUUGAUUUUUCAUUUUAUUCAUAUUCAUAUAGUUUUGAGCGUCAUAAUAGGGAAAAAACUACGAAGGUGAAUAUAUUUUUUUACGUUUUAAUAUGCCGUCUUCAUUUGUUUUAUAUUCGGUUAGUUUGGGCAAUGACCAUGCAUGAUCGGUUCUAAGCAUUGUUGUUUUGACCGCCUAUUUUUUGUUAUGUUCUCCCGUGACGUCAUGGUAUUGUUUCCUUUGAAGUUGUUUCUAAGGAUGAUAGAAGAAACAUGAAAUCAUGGACUCCCGACCUUACCUCGGUCAAUGCAACUGACAACACAAGACAUUGAUUUGUUAACUCAUGGCAUGUUCAUAAUAAUUGAAUAAUUUUGCAAACGUUGCUAUGUUCCUAUAGCACACAUUGCUAUUGAUGACAAACUUAAUAACGCCCGGUUAGGCUUUAUCUAGGUUUGUCACCUAUAUAAUUAUAUGUUAAAGGACAUAAUUAAUUCAUUAAUUAUUUUUACAUUUCGAUAGAGAAGUUAUGUGUCGUCUAGUUACUUUGAACAGUUCUUUGAGAAACAAAUUGAGUGUUGACAACAAUGAAACUGAAGACGUCAAUAUUUGCCUUGAUGUAAAUCAAAUGUAAAUAUAAUUAUAGCCUAGAUAGUGUUGUUAUGAUUUGUUUAUAAUCCAAAUGUAUGGUAACAUUAUUUAUGUUUUAAUCAACUUUUGUAGCAAAGGAACAAACAAAUUAUAACUCUCUUUAGACAAAGUACAAAUCAUUGAAUGUAAAUAGCUAGCAUUACAUUCUUAACAAACUUUAAUUCAAUUCAUGACACGGUUUAUUUAUAUCUAUCUAACUAAACUUCGUAGUGUAUAUCAGUAUUAAGUCUCUCUUUCAAACUAAAGUAAGUUCUAUCAUUAUAAAGUCAUCUAAAACAUAAGCAUUUGAGAUUAAUUGCAAAAAAUAAGUACAUCUUUUUUUCCCAUUUGAACAUACUGUUUAAUCAUUUUUUCGAAUCUUUUGAUCAUUUACUGUACAUUUAAUGGCAGGUAUGGUGUUGUGACGUAAAUUAUUGCGUCAUACCAUUAAAUAACUAGACGCUCUCAGUUGCACAUGUGACGUUGUGUAGGAGUCAGUACAGUAUCACUAUUUAUUGGAGAUAACUUCUUUUAUCUUUAUCUUGUUCAUUAUUUACAGUAACAACAUGUUAUAUUGAUUUUUUUUAAGUUUGGACAUUACAGUAUAGUUCUACUGUUUCAGUAAAUGGAUUUAUUAAUCACUCUGAAAUUCACUGUUUUAAUUGUCGAGCACCAAUACGUUUUGUUAUAUAAGUCUGAUGGCUGAAAAUAUUGCCGUACCAGUACACAUAUUUUUCGUUUAUAUUGUAAAUAAAACAAAUCAGUUU